CGGCUAACUCAGGGAAUGGUCAACUUUUGCGUGAUCGUAUAGAUGGACGAUAUCCUUGUCUACUCGAAGACCUAUCACGGACAUGCGCAACACAUUGAGUGGACGUUGGGAGCACUGAGAGACGCUGGAUUCAAGAUCGCACUCGAGAAGAGCGAAUUUUUCCUCUCGGAAAUUUCGUUCCUGGGUUACGUCGUGACACGUGGAGGAUUGCGGCCUGACUCAAGAAAGGUCGCGGCGGUGAGAGAAGCUCCAGUUCCCACGUCGCUGACGCAGGUUCGAGCCUUCUUGGGGUUGGCAUUGUACUAUCGCCGUUUCAUCAAAGGCUUCGCCGCGAUUGCACGACCACUAACGAACCUGUUACGAAAGGACCAACCUCUCAGUUGGGAUGCAGAGUGUGAGCAGGCUUUCGCGACCCUCAAAGACGCUCUGGCGACGACACCUAUUUUGAUCCGACCGGACCCCUCGAAACAGUUCAUUCUUAUCACGAACUGGCAACCCGAAGCUAUUUUCGAUAUUUUAGCGCAGAAGGGGAACGAUGGUCUCGAGCACGUCAUCGAGUACACGUCACCAACGGUGUCGGACGAACGAAGGAAUGACUCAGCACCCCAAGGCGAAUGCUAUGGAGAUCUACUCGGAUUCCUCUUCGGAUCGGUGCGGCCCGAUCAUCGCCAACUGAUCGUGCAGGAGCUAACGGUCCCCCUUGCGCAGCUGGCCGAUGAUCUCCCACUUGAGAUCGUCUCGAAGAGCGACGACAGCCCAGUCCCGCACGUUCUCACGCGGACCUUGGCGCCAUAUCUUCAGUGGUCGGCGUGCUUGGAGAAACCGGGAAGCGGCCGCAACCCACCAUCACAGCGCGGUUAUCUGGACCCGCACAAAAUAGUCGAUCUCGCCUUCUUUCAAGAUCGAACGGCCUCCGAGAACGAGGAGGAAGAGAUUGAAGCGGAAGAAGAAAGCUCAGAAAAAGAAGAAGCCGAAGAAGAGGCCGACGAGGAAGAAACUCUCGAAGAGGGGAGUUACAGUGAGCACAGCGAAGGCAAGCAAGGUGAGGAGGAGGAAGAAGAACAAGGGGACGACGAGGAAGAAGAAGAUCAGGAGGAGCUGGAAGAGUCGGAGUGGGAAGGAUUCGAGGAGGAAGUGUGUGACGAGGCUCGGGCGCAGGCCCAGGCACAGAAGAGGGAAGAGAUCGCGGCCGGGAAACGACAGUUGGAAUUCGCCAGUGCAGUUGGUCAGCCGCGCACCGACGAUCCAGCCCGAGAUCCAGAGCCACCUAAGCCCGAGGAUGGAGAGACAGCUGCCGAGACUUCGGCUGCACCGGCAAGACGGCGACGAAGCUGAUCCCCCUCCCCCUUCGCCACCGACCGCCCAUCAACUCGUCCACAUACCGAUGCGGGGCAUCGGGCUUCGUCCCCGGUCGU